AUGAACGCCUCCACCGCCGCGGCCGCCGUGCCUCGCGGCCACGUGCAGCGCCGUGUCUCCGGCCCGGUUCUUCGCCCCGAGCACGUCGUGCACGCCCCGCAGCCGCAGCCGCCGCCAGGCCUCCUUGACGUCGUCGUCGCUGUCAUCGUCGUCCUCCCUGCUGGCGAUGAGCCGGACGAUGACGGCGACGGCGUCCGCGUGCCCCGCCCUCGCCGCGAAGUGGAGCGGCGUGUCCUGAGCGGAGGUCAGCGAGGAGAGGAGGUCCCGGUCACGACGGGCGAGUUCGGUGAUCAGGCCGCAGCGGCCUUGCCCGGCGGCGAUGUGGCGCUCUGCCGUCACCUCGCGGGUGCUGCAGCUUCGUCCGGGAUGACUGGCUGA